AUGGGGAUGAUGGCCGAGGCACAACUCACUAAGACUGGUGCCCAGCCCACACCACAGCCUGUAGCCACAUCCACCAAGACAGAGCCCCAGUUUCCAGCAGCAACCACAACCAAGGCCCAGGCUGUUCCUCUCACAUCAGAGCCCAUUCCACCUACACUAACACCUGCUCUUGCACAAAAGGAGCUGGAGCCAAAGGUGAAAGUCCCUGAGGCUGAAGCUCCCAAUGCGGUCACAAAGGCUGAGGCUCCAAAGACAGAAGUUCUCAAGGUGAAGAUCGCCCAGACAGAGGCACCAAAAAUGGAGUCUUCUGUGGUAGAAGUUCCUACAAAUGAGCUGCCCAAACCUGUACCACCUAAAUCUGAACCACCCAAGACUCCAGUGGUAGCUGCUCCUGUUGUCUCUGUCCCAAUGACUGAGGCCAUGACUGCUCCUGCUCCUCUACCCACCACAGUCGCUACUGCCAUUGCUGUCACUCCAGCCACUGUGGAGGCUAAGGCUCAACCAGCAGAGCUACCUAAACCAGCAGAGGAGAAGGUUGAGAAGCCAGCAGAGGAGAAGGUUGAGAAGCCAGCAGAGGAGAAGGUUGAGAAGCCAGCAGAGGAGAAGGUUGAGAAGCAACUGAAGCAACAGAAACCAGUACCUGUCACAGUGGCUGAGAGGGUAACUCCACAACCAGUCCCAACAGCUGAUACUAUCAAGAAAGUGGCCGCUCCAUUGGUUGAAAAGGUGGAUGAUGUCCUUCCUGAACCUCAGCAGAUUCUUACUGAGAAGGAGACUGUGGAGGAGGAGAAAGAGCCAACUGCAGACUCCCUCCUAGCAGACCAGGUAGUAGUUGAGGUACCGUCCAGCCCAGCCAGUCCAUUUGAGGCUGAUACCAAGACUGAGGACCAUAGUAUCAAGUCCCAGGAUGAACCAGAUAUACUUCCUAUCUCACAGGGCUCCUACAGCUCAGAGGAAGAGCUGAAGGAGUUGCAGACAGACAGAAAUGUCCCUAUGAUUGACAAGACCGCUGACACAGCCAUGCCUUCCAAGGAUGAGGUGAAUGUGGAAAGGAGGCGUCUGAAUUACGUGCAGAUGGAGGAGAGCAGUGGGAGCGAACCCUCGCCCCAGGUCCAGAGACAGAGGUUAAGUGCGAUAACAGUCAGCACGGCAGCCUCAUCCAGCAGUGAGGACUACAAAGCAGACAGCCCAGCAGUCAGCCCAGACUCAUCUGUGGAUGAGGAGGAGUUCAUCCGCAGGCAGAUCAUGGGGAUGACAGGAGAGGAGGAGAUGUUUCUCUCAGAGGAGGAAAAAGAUGAGAAAGAGAGCAGAGAGGAGGAGACCAAGGAGGCCGAGGUGGAUAACGAAUCAGGCAAAUCCAAACUUCUGCUAAAGAAAGGCAUUAUGGAUAAUGAAGACAGCCCAGCCAGGAGACCAUCUCUUCCAGGAUUUGAGRCUAAAACCACUGCAGAUAGGUCUGAGCUCACCACCACUGUGUUUAAGAAAGACAUGACGUUACAGCGAACAAAGAGCACGGGUGAUGGAGAUGCUGAGGGGGAGAGCAUCACGGGGUCUCUGGAGGACAAGUCCAAAGGUGAGGGGUCAUCCAGUGUCCAGGUGUCCAGCUUCACCCCUGGAACCUCUCCCACCUCAGCCUCUUCUCUGGAGGAGGACAGCGACAGCAGCCCCAGCCACAAGAGGAGCGGGGAGGGGAAACAGCACCGCAAGGCCAAGCACAGACAGGCUGGCCAGUUCCUUCCCACCAUCGAGGACUCGUCAGAAGAGGAGGAACUCAGGGAGGAAGAAGAUCACCUCAGGGAGCAGGAGAAACAGAAAGAGUCAGACCAUCAGCAGGGGAARAGGAGCUCCAAGAAGUCCAAGAGAGAUAAAGACGAACUACAGACUCAGAGGAAAUGGGAUAAGCCUGUAACCUCGCCCAGUAACCCGUCUCCUAUUGAAAACGCCUCGCCCACUGUGGAGGUCAGGCAGGCUAGAGAGAUGGAAGUGUUUCACAAGUCCUCAGGCUCUGACUAUUCUCCUAGCAUGGAGUCUGAUUCAGAGGCGUUUCACACGGAGGCCAAGAUAGCUGUCCCAAAAGGACUGAAGUUCAGUACUGCAGAGCCACUAAAGAGUGCAGAGGAGGUAUAUGAGGAGAUGCUUCAGAAAGCUAGAUCUCCUAAAGGAGAGACAGAGCCAGUCCCUGAGAUAGAGCCACUCUACGGAGGCAUGGCCAUAGAGGACUACCUCUAUGAGUCCCUAGUGGAGGAGCCUGAAGCUAAACCUAGUUCAGCCCGACCGGAGCAGCCCAGUAAAGACCAUGCUAAAGAGCCGGGGAAGAAAAGUUUAAGGUCUCCUGAAGAGGUGUAUGAGGAGAUGAUGCAGAAAAAGAAGGAACUGAUGUUGAUAGAGCAGGAGUUUCAGAGGGCUCAGUCAGCGAUGGACACUCCAAAUCCAGAAAUACAUGUGACUGCACCAUCCAGUGCUGCAGCUGAGAGCUGCAAAGUUGGUGAGGCAGAGGGAGAAAAGCCUAUGUUAGAUGCUGAUUCUACCUACGUUAAGAGGAAGAAACGUCCUGCUCCACCACGACCCUCUGAACCUCCUAAACGGCCUGAGGUCAACGUUGCCAAGCCAACAGUUCCUCAGGAUAUGACUAUGAGGAGGGCUCUUUUCCCCAUACCGGAUUUGAAGAUCACCCAGUGUUCCUCUGGAGAGGAUGAGACAGAUGAUAGUAUAAUAGAGGAGUAUGGAGUGGGAGUGUCCUCUGAUAUUACCCCUAGCGAUGAGUCUGAGACUAAAGAACAGGUAGAGUCCUCUCCAGUUUCAGAACAUACACCAAUAACAGAGGCAGCUGAGAUUGAACCCAUCACUGUAGUGUGUGAUGUUCCCCAGACGAAAGCUACACCAGCUCCUGCCCCUGAGACAAUUCUAGCCACCAGUACAACCACCACAACAUCACCAAUUUCUCCAGUAUCACCGCCCACCUCACCAGCAACUCCAGACUCAAGUCUAGCCUCCAAUGCUACUUCCUCCUCCUCUUUCCAAGCUCCAAGUCCUCUCUCCUCUGACUCUACUCCAGUGUCCACUCCAACACCAGACCUGGCCAAAGCUGCAGCUCCCUUCGCAGCUCAGCUGCCUGCAGAUAUCUCCCCUCCUUCUAUUGCUCCCAUUAUGGCUGUUUCUCCAACCACAGUUUUGGUCACAAUUCCAGAUGUGGUGACAGAUCCAACCCAAGCACCAACACCAGCUACAACUACAGUCCAUGCUUCUGCUCCACUAGCCCAACCCCAAGCCUCAGUCCCUGCCUCAGUGGUGGUGCACAUACCUGAUCCGGUUGUAAUCCAAAUGCCAGACCUGGUUACAUCUCCAUCCCAGAUGUCUGUUCAGGGUCCACCUUCUGUGCAGGUCACAGCACCAACUCCAGUACCAAGCCCAGUACCUUCUGAAGCCACAUCUCCAGUCCCAGCUGCUCCCAGUGCAAUGUCAACUUCGGCUCCAGUCUCUGCUCCAACUCCAGCCCCAGCUCCAGUUGUAGUCCAAAUGCCAGACCUGGUUACCAUCACCUCUUCAGUUUCACCCCAAGCCCCACUACCUGUGACAUCCUCGGCUCCUACCCAGGCUACAGUGGUGCAUUCAGUCCCUGACCAGACUGCUGCCCCACCUCCAACCCCAGUAGUAGUCCCAGCCAUAGGGACACGCCGAAUUCAGAGACAAGCCUCCACCAAAAAAGCCCCACCUCCCCCUCCACCUAGGUCUACAUCAGUCUCCCUGCCCCAAASCUCAGCAGAGCCUACCUCUAUCAGGGCCAUCCAUAAUGUCUCCCCGACCGUGACUACCACUAUAGCCAUGGGAGCAGCUCUGCCUGUGGUGGUGAAUGUACAGUCGCUAGUGGAGGAUGUCCGGCCAGAAGGUGUUGCUGGCUCUCAGGUUAUGAUGACACCGACCAGACAGGGGCAUGUGGUCAUCAUAGUUCCCAAUGUGGAGAACAUGUCGGUGCUCAGCCAGAUAACCCAAGACCUUGUGGCAAACUCAGUGGCAAUAACUACCACCUCUGCUGUGGUUGAAGGCAGUAGUCAGAUAGCAGCAAGGCCUGUGGUUGUCAGUGUUGCUCCUUUCUAUACUGCUCCCUCUGUUCCUGCUGUACACAGCUCAGACACAUAUAUACCUUUGGCAGAUACCCCAACACCUCCUUUGCCUCCUCCACCACCCCCUGCCACCUUACUAAAGCCAGCUGUUUAUCCCAAAAAGCCUUCCAUUUCCAUCCCACCUUCAGUCCCAACAUCAGUGCCGGUCUCAGCUGCUUUGACAAUGGCACAGGCAACUGUAACAACCCCAGGCCCCACUCCAGUACACAAGGCCCCUGCACCCCCUCCAGUCCCCCCCAAGCCUGUGUCCAUCCCUGCAGGGCUGGUGUUCAGCCACCGACCAGGGGAAAGUGUCAAACCUCCAGUGUAUCCCACUGCCAGCCACACACUUCCCACGACCAGAGAAGUGGUCCCGAAAGCCAGCUCAGCAGAGCCAUUCACAGCCACAACACUGCCCAGGACCAGAGAACCUCCCAAUGCCCUGUCUCUGAGUCUGACCACCCCAGUGGAAUCCAAGAUGAGUGCUACCUCACCCAGGUCCCCACUUUCUCCAAGGAACGCCAAGUGUCUGGAGACGUAUGUUGUGAUAACUCUGCCCUCAGAGCCUGGCACACCCACAGAGGGUAUCACUGUCCAAGCCCCCAUCAGAAGAGGGUCCAUCAUCCCCUCUAAGCAGACAGGCCCAGGGGUGUGGACCACACCGUCAGAACAGCAGUCACCCAUUGAGGCCUUCUCAGCCCAGGACAAUGUCAGGAGAGCAUCAGUUUCCUCAUUGAGGCAGCCGCCACCACCACCAGCAGCAAUAGGACCAGUCGAAGUAGCAGCACCCCUAGAGGUAGUCACUGUUCUAGCAACAGCAAGGCGGCCUUCCAAACCAUCAGCUAUGCAGCUUCCAUACGGUAUGGCUGAGGUGGUGACAGUUUCAGCUGGGUCUGAGAUGCCUAUUCAGGUACACAAUGUCCCAGCUCCAAUCAAGAAACCGUAUAAACCUCCAACAGCCAAGCCACCGCAGACAGUGUCUGUGGUUAUGACGAUGCCAUCAGAGCCACAGGUUCCUGUAGAAGUGUCUGCAACUCAAGCCUCUGGUAGAAGGGCAUCAAUACAUGCUGUACCUCAGCAGCCACAAUAUGUGGCUGAAGUAAUGCCUUUACCAGCAGAGCUGGACAUACCUACAGAGGUUGUUUCAAUUGAGGCCAUGUCUGGAAGAGCAACAAUACCAUCAGAAAUGCAGCAACCACAAACCAUGGCAGAGGCAAUGCCAUUACUGCAGGAAAUACCAACGGGAGCUAUGGCCACCCAAAUCCAUAUUGAAGCUACACCCUCAACCAUGCAUCAGUCACCAUCUCUGAUAGAGGUGGUUUCAACUGAGGCUAUCAUUAGAAGAGCAUCAAUACCAUUGGAAAUGCAGCAACCACAAACCAUGGCAGAGGUAAUGCCAUUACAGUACACACCAUCAAUUCGAUCAUCUGCAUCUGAAGUAAUGACUUUUCCUUCAGAGUAUGAAAUGCCUACGGAGGUUAUAACAACUGAGGCCACUACCACUAGAAGGACAUCCAUAUCCUCUGUAGCACAACAACCAUACACAUUGGCUGAAGUGAUGACUUACCCAUCAGAAUAUGAAACACCCACCCAGGUGGUUACAACUGAGGCUACUUCCACUACAAAAAGAGCGUCUAUAACCAUGCAGCAGCUUCUAACUAUGGCCCAGGUUAUCACAAUGCCUGCAGAGGCAGAGGUACCUCUAGAGGCAUAUGCUGCCCAAGUUCAAUACAGGAGAGAAUCCAUCCCCUCAGCAGUGCAACCGCCACAGGCAGUAUCAGAGGUCCUGAGUUACUCAUCAGAGUAUGAGAGCCCCCUGGAGGUCAUUACAACUGAAGCCUACACCAGAAGCAUGUCAGUUCCCUCUGGCCAGGAGGUUCCCCAGACUGUCCCCGUGGCUCCAGUCACCAUCACCAGGAAGUUCCACCAGGAGUCGAUAGAGAGCCAGGAAAUCCGUGGGCCUGAGAAGGUGGUGUCCAGCCUGAGCCACGUGUACUCCUCCUCUAUCUCCACCUCAGCCCAGCCCCCGGAGAGUCUGCCCAGCCUGGUCACUCAGGUGGUCACCACCGAGGUUCAGAGAACCACUGUAUCUGUGGUUCAUGAGAGGCUGCCCCAAGCUCCUGCGUCAGACGCAUUGGCCAUCCCUAUCCAGCCAGACCUGGCUAAAGUCCAGCCCUCUCCCAAACAGAACGGGAAGAUCUACUCCGGUGAUGCCAUUGACCUCCGCACCAUUAAGGUCGGUGUAAAGAUGACUGAUUCAGGGAUGGACUUGACGCCUCAGGAAUCGAGUCGCCAGUCCGUCUGUAGCAACUCUAGUGGCCGACAUACGGCAGUGCAGCCAGAGAUAGUGAACCUGAGUGCUGAGAUCACCCCUUCCACCACGUUGGCUGUUGUAACUGAUAGCAUCACUAUUGUCACCUGUUCAGCCACCAUUGCCUCCUACACCAGCGAGCCAGCAGAAAAGCCUUUAGAUCUGCAGGGUUAUGUUGCCUCCAUGCCUCUCCCUCUUACCAUAUACAAACCAUUCGAGCCUCUGGCACAGAUAGUGUAUAGGCGGGUAGACUCUCCACCUAUCGUCAGCACGGUGACAGUCAGAGACACAGAGACACCAAUUAACCUGUCCUAUGGAGCUUCCACAGUAGAUAGCAGGCUUCCAGUGACCAUGGCCCCAGCUAUCAGCAAUGGGGGGACCAUGCUCUCUGAGCUGGCUGGGGCCGUGGACCUGUCCACCUCCAGACCCCUUAGGGCCAUGGUGGCUCUGUCCGGCACCAGCCCAGGUGUGGUGACCACGGUUGUAAAGGAUGAUGGGACGCCCAUAGAUCUGACAGCUGGGAAAAAUGUGUGCUGUGACGUCAUCUACAAGCUACCCUUCACAGGGAGCUGUGGGACCCAGCCACCAGUUAUUACCCAGCCUGACAACCACUUCAGCUACAGAGACGACCACUACCAGUAUGAUCAUGCUGGGGUCUAUGGAUUCAAGGUCUUGAACGGCAAGGCCAUGUCUGAGACCAAUCUGGCUGAUGCAGGACUCGUCCUCUAUAAUGGAAAGACCGGAUAUGACUAUAACAGAGUCUUGGACAGUGCAGUAGACCUGACAGCUGGUAAUAUAUCCGCAGGUGAAGCUCUAGACUACACUAGUAAAGCUGCUGGGUCCUAUACUGGGAUAUCCACUGCUCCAUAUUCCCAGGUCCCUGCUUAUAGUGUCCUUAGAUCCUCAGACGGAAUGGUAUACUCCUCCAUAGCAGCCCCUGUUCCUUCUACAUAUGCCAUUACCACCCAGCCAGGGUCCAUCUUUAGCACCACCCUACCCCCUACCACCACCCUCCAGGAGCAGCCAACCCAAGCCCCAUACCCCUAUGGCUUCAUCCCCACCACCGACCCUGGCCACCAGAUCAUCAGCCUGGGCACURGCCUGCCCAAGGACCUGCUGCCCAGCGCUCUGGCUGACAUCAUGACUGGCUUCCCUGCCCUGUACUCUGACCAAACCCUGGAGGCCAUUGCAGCCUCUCUGGAGGCCCUAGCCUCGUUGCCCAUGUUCCCCGGCCUGGAUGACAGCAAGAUCACCCAGUAUCAGAUGGAGAGGGAGUUCCUGCAGCUGGAGAAGCUGAAGCAGUUGUGUCUGGCAGAGGAGCUGGAGUGGGAGAGGCAGGAGAUCCAGCGCUACCGCGAGCAGGAGCAGAUCAUGGUGCAGAGGGAGCUGGAGGAGCUGCAGGCUCUGAAACAGAAGUUGUUAGUGCAACAGGAAGAGGAGCACCAGGCACACCUUGUAGCACAGCAGGAGACCUACAACCAGCAGAGGGAACAGCUAGAGCAGAUCCAACAGCUCCAGGUGCAGCUACAGCACCAGCUAGAGGAGCACUACGGUACCACAGGAACCUCAGAUAACCUGCUAGAGGCACAGUAUGCAGGGGUGGGGGAUAACGGUCAGUACUGGCCUGUUAGGGAUGAGUCCACCACCUCAUCCACUGUCAUCCAGCUAGAGGGUGGGGUGCAGUAUGUGACCGGUGAGGGUCAGAGAGAGGUUGGAGGUCAGGACCAGCUGCAAUUCAGUAGGAAACAGUCGGCAGGGUCUAAGCAGCCUGGUGAUCAAGGGUAUGGUACAGGGGUGGUAGGGAAGAGGAUAGUGGACAGUGGGGUCCAGACAGACGAUGAGGACUCGGUAGACAGAACAUAUGUGGGGAGGAGGAAGAGGAACAACAGGAGGGGUGUAGACAGCAGUGUUCAGACUGAUGAUGAGGAGGACCAAGAGGAUGAGUGGGACAUGCCAACCAGGUCGCGGCGGCGCUCCCGCUCCAGCAAGCACAGCGGCGAGGGAAAACACGGUGGCUCUAAGGUCUCCAGCAUCGCCAUCCAGACUGUGGCAGAGAUCUCUGUCCAGACCGACCACUAUGGCAGCAUCAAAUGCCCCAGCAUCCAGAUGGACACUAAGGUGGAGAUCAUCAAACACAUCUCAGCCCCAGAGAACUCUCAGAGAGGAGGCAGCCUCAGCUGCCAGACAGACACAGACCGCAGGCGCCACUUGCCCGUAGAGGUGGGCUACAGCGCCCACCUGAAGGCAGACCUCGCCCCCAAGUCCCCCAAAGUGCUUUACUCUCCCGUGUCUCCCCUCUCCCCGAGUAAGGCCAUGGAGGAAGGGCAGAAGAGGCUGACCACUGACCCGUCCAGGUUUUCCUCCGGCCCUAGGAUGCUGAAGCCUGGACCGAAGUCUCUGCCUGACCCCAAGUCUCUCAGCCCCACCAUUGAGGACAGGAUAGGCUACCACUACACAGAAACCUACUCUGGCCAGGGCUCUCCGUCAGGCACUGGAAAGAAGGUGAAGAGGACCCUACCCAACCCUCCCCCGGAGGAUGACCCUCUGACUGGCCCGUCAGGCUACAGCACCAACUCAGCGCGCCGACGGCUCGGCCGUCACACCACCAUGGCCCGGGCCAAGAUCUUGCAGGACAUCGACAAGGAGCUGGACCUGGUGGAGAGAGAGUCAUCCAAGCUCCGCAGAAAACAGGCCGAGCUAGACGAGGAGGAGAAAGAGAUUGAUGCCAAGCUGAGGUACCUGGAGAUGGGCAUCAACCGCAGGAAAGACGCCCUCCUCAAGGAGAGGGAGAAGAGGGAGAGGGCCUACCUGCAGGGUGUGGCUGAGGAAAGAGACUACAUGUCAGACAGUGAGGUCAGCAACAUCAGGGAGACCAGAGGGAACAGCCACGGCCUGGAGAGACCCAGGACAGCUCCCCAGUCAGAGUUCGACCAGUUCAUUCCCCCUGAAACUGAGGCUGACUCCCAGUACUCCACUCUUACCAGUCCCUACUCCCACUACACCCAGUAUGUCCCCCAGACCCAGGCCAUCAGCAACUACCCCCAGCAGACCCUGUACCAGCAGCAGGCCCUCUACCAGCAGCACCCCUAUCAGAGUCAGUCAGUCUACUCCUCUGUGCCCAGCCUGUCCUACCCCCAGGCCUCCCACUCCCACCAGCAGGCCCAGUCCUCAGGCUACCAGUCCAAGAACAACACCAACUACGAGGUGAUCCGGAACCAGCCCAUGAUCAUCGUACCCUCCUCCAGCGAGGGGGGGUAUGGGGUGGGGAAGUACGGUAGCCUGGAACUGAGGAUGGGCCUGGAGGAGAGGAGCAUGGCCUCCAGCCCCAUGUCUAGUAUAUCUGCUGAGUCUUUCUACGCUGACAUCGACCACCACAAUGCCAGGAACUAUGUUCUGAUAGAGGACAUAGAGCAGCUGACUAAAAGCUCUACAGUGCUGGGCUCUGCAGGGCUGGGGUCAGGGUUCAGUCUGCCUGAUAAGGACCUGUCUAAGGCUGACAGGCUGCUCCGGGCCGCUGAGGCCAGGCGCACUGCAGAGGUUGCAGAGUUCCUUGGUAACUCGCGUUUGCACAGCUACGGUAAAGGAGAGGAGGACUCUAUGGAGGAGCCUUAUGAGCUGAAGCUCCUGAAGCAACAGAUAAAGCAGGAGUUUAGACGAGGGACGGAGGGUCUGGAGCACCUCUCAGGCCUGGGCAUGCCUCAGUACCUCCCCACUGACCCCAGCUACAGACACUUCCCUAAGGCUGACAAGUACAGCAUCAGCCGGCUGACUCUGGAGAAACAGGCUGCCAAGCAGCUCCCUGCCGCCGUGCUCUACCAGAAACAGAUCAAGAACCAAAAGAAGGCAGCCCUGUUGGACCCCAAGAUAACCAAGUUCUCCUCCAUCCAGGAGAGCAGAGACCUGGAGCCAGACUACAGCAGCUUCGUGGGUUCUGGAGCCUCGUCUGUCACCAACCUGUCCACGCGAGCCAGACUGCUCCAGGAUGAGAUCACCUUUGGCCUGAGGAAGAACCUGUCUGAGCAGCAGAAGUACCUGGACUCCUCCCUGGGAUCUAACCUGGCUGGCUCUCUGGGCCAGAACCUGGGCCAGUCCCUUGGCCUGGGGGGACCCACCAUGAGGACUACCCUACAGGACGACACCAUCUACCCCAGCGGCACGCGCUCUCGCCCCUCCUCCCGCCCCAACUCCCGUCCCACUUCCGUCUAUGGCCUGGAUCUGUCCAUCAAACGGGACCUUUCCAGCCCCUCUCUCAGGCUGAAGAUUGAGGGAGAAGCAUUGGACGCAGCGUUCGGCACGGGGGUGGCCAGGACCAAGCCCACCAGCCUGCCUAUAAGCCAGAGCCGCGGGCGCAUCCCCAUCGUGGCUCAGAACUCAGAGGAGGAGAGCCCUCUGAGUCCUGUGGGAGAGCCCAUGGGCAUGGCCAGAGCCUCAGCCGGCCCUCUACCACCCAUCUCAGCUGACUCCAGAGACCAGUUUGGCUCUAGCCACUCCCUGCCGGAGGUCCAGCAGCACAUGAGGGAGGAGUCCAGGGCUACACUGGGACAUAGUGGGGUCUACGGCAAAGACAUAGCCUUCAUCAUGGACGACCUGGGGGGAGCCAUGUCUGACAGCGAAGCCCUAACUGACUCCAUGCUGACACUGAACAGAGAUGAUCCCAGAAUCUUUCAUGAGAGUAUCAGACACGCCGGAGGUCCCAACUGGAACAUAGAAGCGUACCACCUGAGGAGGGAGGACACUGACUGGUUUGAUAAGCCUGCAGAGAGACAACAUCAGGAAAAUGGACAGCCUCUGGACAGGAGACAGAUUAAGCUGAUUCCCUAUGUGUUCCCUCACACCCGGCUCAAACUACAGAGGGACCCCAAGGACACCAGUGUCUCAGGGAAUGGCCUGGGGAUUCGUGUGGUGGGAGGGAAAGAGAUUCCUGGGAGUCGUGGUGAGAUAGGAGCUUACAUUGCCAAGGUUACGCUCGGGGGAGUGGCUGAACAGACAGGGAAAGUGGUGGAAGGAAUGCAGGUGUUGGAGUUGAACGGGGUUCCUCUGAUGGGGAAGACUUACGAGGAGGUGCAGUGCAUUAUGGGUCAGCCGUCUGCAGAGACUGAGCUCUGUGUGAGACUUGACCUGAACAUGCUGUCUGACCCUGAGCGCCCCCAGGCCCUGGAGAACCAUGACCAGCUGAAACCUGGUGACAGGCAGUCUUCUCCAGGAGUGGACCCAAAGCAGCUGGCUGCAGAGCUGCAGAAGGUUUCCCAACAGCAGGCCCCUGGGAUGGGGGUAGGAAUGGGGGUGGGGGGGCCAGGAGGAGUAGGGGUCCUCUCUGCCCUUGACCGCUCAGCUCUGUUACAYUCAGGCAAUGCAUCGGCCAGCUCUAGUGCCGUCCCCAGCCCCGGCCAGCCUGCCUCCCCAGCCAUCAACAAGAAACAACGCCACAGCGCCAAGUCGGCAGCGGAUGUGCAGGUGCUAAAGCCUCAGCCUCACCCUAUAACAGGAGAAAUACAGCUCCAAAUCAGCUAUGACAGGAACCUGGGGAAUCUGAUAGUGCAUGUGCUCCAGGCCAGGAACCUGGCUCAGAGAGACCCCAACAGAUACUCUGACCCCUUUGUCAAGGUCUACCUCCUACCAGGGAGAGGUGGUGAGAACAAGAGGAGGACCAAGUACGUUCAAAGGAGUCUGAACCCAGAGUGGAACCAGACCGUCAUCUACAAGAACAUACACCUGGAACAGCUGAAGAAGAAGACGCUGGAGGUGAAGUGUGGGAUUAUGACAAAUUUCCUCCAUGACUUCCUGGGAGAACGUUUGAUAGACCUGUCUAACACGUCCCAGCUGGACAACACUCCUCGCUGGCUGCCUCUGAAGGAGCAGAGUGAGAGCAUUGAGCAUAGCAGAGCACACCACACCGCCCAGGGGCCUGGGGGGCCAGGAGCAGGGGCAGGGCCGGGACAGGAGCCCAUAGCGGGGCAAGGACCAGGCAAGGACAUGGGGCCAGGAUUAGGACAAGGACAAGGCCUAAUGCAUGGACAGGGACAGAGACAGGGGCAGGGGCAGAUGGAGGAGUGCCUUGAGUCCCCCAAGAAUUCUGUGAUAAAGAGCAGAAGCCACGGGAUCUUCCCUGACCCAGCAAAAGACAUGCAGAUGGUGACUCUAGAGAAGUCCCACAGUAGUCCCGGCAGCUCUAAGUCAUCGUCAGAUGGCCAGCUUCGUUCCCACGGUCCGUCCCGCAGCCAGAGCAAGAGCAGUGUCACGCAGGCCCACCUGGAGGAUGCUGGGAUAGCUAUUGCUGCCGCAGAGGCCGCUGUGCAACAAGCCCGCCUCCAACCGAGACCAGGCCACAGGUUGGGGGAUGUGUCGGGGCCGGUGGUGUCCUCAGCCCCCAAUCUGCUGGAGGGGUAUGGGGGUCUGGAUGGAGAAGAGGGGGCUGGCACAGGGGUCGACAGCGCCAUUUUCCAGGUCCCACGCAUAGGGAAGACCAUCCCCAACGGCAUCGACAAGUCUAGAGGACUGCCACUCUCGCUAUCAGACAAUGAGGGGGGUGGGGGUAAGACCCAGAUGAUGGGGGAGAUCAAGGUGGCCUUGAAGAAGGAGGUGAAACAAGAGGGAGACCAGCUGAUCCUGGAAGUCCUACAGUGUAGAAACAUCACUUACAAAUUCAAGAGCCCAGACCACCUACCAGAUCUCUAUGUGAAGCUGUACGUUGUUAAUGUGGCGACUCAGAAGAGGAUCAUCAAGAAGAAGACAAGAGUGUGUCGACACGACAGAGAACCCUCCUUCAACGAGACCUUUAGGUUUAGCCUCAACCCCACCGGACACUCCCUGCAGUUGUUCCUGGUGUCUAACGGGGGUAAGUUUAUGAAGAAGACCCUGAUAGGAGAGGCCUACAUCUGGCUGGACAAGGUGGACAUGAGGAAGAGGGUGGUCAGCUGGCACAAGCUGCUGGUCAAUUCCACACACAACCAGUCCUGAGAGUUCAACUUAAGGUCACAGAGAGGUCAACCAGAGGUCAGUGAAGGUCAAUGAAUAGUAUUGGUCAGUGCUUGCUCGUAGAGGACGAAAAAGAGGAAAAGGGAUAUGAGUUGCGUUACAGAGUACCCUGCAUCUCCUUUGUGUUAUUUUAUAUGGAAAGAAGAGAGCGAGGAAGGAGAGGAAGGAAGGAAGGAAGGAAGGAAGGAAGGAAGGAAGGA